ACAAUGCUUGUAAGCCAAAAGAAUAGAAGAAAAUCCUGUGUCAUUCAAUACUGCAAUCAGGCGUCGCGAUUAGCCCUGUGUUGGUCCGCCUUCCAGAAAGCUGUGCGAUGGGUGGUGUAUUACGUGUGUGCCAUUCAAUACCUCAAUCCGGUCUACCUCAUCCAGGAAAAACAAAAAAAGCUCUACCACUUUGAUCAGUUUGGAAAAAUUGUCAUUCAGCCCAAGCUAAGCGAAAGAAUAUUCAAUUUGUUUUCAUCAGACAAUGUCCGUAGAAGACGUAUACUAACCUGGGUACAACAAACUCUGCCCUCUCAUAAUGUAGAGGAUUUCAGUUUUAGCUGGAACGAUGGCAUUGUUUUGUGUGCUCUGCUUGAAGCAGUGCAUCCUGGGAUAUGCCCAAGCUUUGGGCACCUCAAACCACACAACAGGGUAAACAACUGCCGCCUGGGACUCAAACUCGCUCAGCAAUGUUAUGGUCUGCCUCUGGAUAUGAUUACGCCAGAGGAAAUGGCAAUUGCAAGCUUUUCGAUUGAACCAAAAUUACUCAGAUAUGUAUCAAUGAUAAAAUGGGCGGCUGAGAGUGGCCAAAUAAGAAGACGUGAUCAUGAUGAAAAGAAUGAGCAAGCAAGGAAAAUGACAUCUUUUUCAAUUAAAGGCUCGGGGAUAGUUAGUGGUAUAGUUGGAAGAAAAGCAAGAUUUAGUAUAUCUGUUGCUGAUGUCUUAGGAAUGUUUCAUCUUGGAGUCGACAUAAAAGGGCCUAAAAAUGAAGUAUACAGCGAGCAAAUUAUCAGUUUACAUCAAUCAAAGGAGAUAAUGAUUGGUGCAUAUCAGACCCAGCCUAAGCAAGGUCGGUUUGCUUCCAUAGAUAACCAUGUGAUGGAGUACAUGGAGGACGGUGUAGGCAAUACGUAUGUCCGUUGGAAAAACCUUAAACUUCUUGGGGACAGUUCCUCAAUUAGCGUCAUUCCCUUUAAUUGUCAGUGUACAGGAGAUGGGGCGUUCCUUAUGACAUAUUUACCCAUAUCGACAGGAAUUCAUACGAUUUCAAUAAAAUGGCAAAAUGCUCAUAUCGAAGGGUCGCCAUUUAAGGUUAAAGUGUACCAGCCAAGAGAUUUAACAAGACGAGCGAUCAGAGAUGCAAAAGACAAGCGUAUCAUUUUUGAUUCGCUUUCCCUGUCGUCUAUUGAUGAACGCCCCCAUGGUCUUUUGAAAAUUGAACACGAGAUAGACUUGAAUGGAAGGUCGAAAAACGAUUCGGAAAAGCCAACUGGUAGAUCGUCUAGAUCAUCACGAAUGAAGAAGCAAUUUACAGUAACCAAACGCCGGGUCAUUCGUAAAGUUAUAAGCCGACAUGGAGAGGAAAUCGUCAUUCAAGAAUCCCCUUCUCCGACCCUUUCACGCCAAAGUAGCAUGACAGACACAUCCACAGAGGAAGAACUUAGAAAAUCGUGCUCGCCUUCUCCGCCUCUUAACCGGAAAAAUAUCAUAAGGUCAACAAAAUCUGACAAGGAGCAAAUAAUUGGUGGCGAUGAUUCAAACAAUAUUCAAAAUAUCUUGGAGAAAAGAUCUGAAACUUCAGACAUUAGCGCUAAGUUUGACACGUUGAAUAUUAACGAUUACAAACAAGUUGAAGACAAAAAGAAUUUCAAAAGGAACAGAACAUCACCUCCACUAGCUGCGUCAAAUUUAACAUGCAGAUCUUUCUCCGAUUCAAUGCUGAAUUAUGAUGUCUCUGAUUGUAACAAUACUAAAUCAAUAAGACCAACAAAACAAUUAAAGACAAACUUUAUUCAGUCAAAAAAACUAAGCAGCAAAUUUCCAUCGCUGAAAGUGUUGCAGUCUGAUAGUUUGAGAAAAUCAUGUUGCUAUUUUUCAUCAGAUUUGUUACGUCAAAAUUCAUUCAGCAGUACAUCUUCUGCCAGCAGUAAUUCGAAUUCAUCGUUGGGGAAAGUAAAAAAGCCAUUCUCAUUAUCGCGGUCUUUUUCAGUAUUAAACAAUAACAAAUAUCCGUAUAACAAAACAUUGUCUCGACUUGAGAAAAUACGAAAGGACAAGCGCUAUGUAGUGGACAUACACAUUCAAAGCGAAAGGUCUACUACGUCAAUGGCGUCACCUUCUACGUCUAGCCUUAGUAGCUUGGCCUCUCCGUCGACCUAUUCUUUCCCUUUUGACGACUUGAAAAGAAACAAAGGAAUGUCCAUUAUUGACGAAACAGCCCAGUCUGAUGGUCAAAAAACGUGUGUCAAGGAAGGCAAUGACAAUAGUCAGGUUAAAGGGAAGCGAAGCUUGGACCACAAUAUAUCAAAACAGAGAGCGACCACUAUGUACUGGUUAAAUAACCAAACUACAGACCACUUCUCCGUCGACUCUACAGAUUAUGAUCCAAACUUUCUUGUCGAGCAAUUUAUUUUAGGACCAAGUAAUGAACAAAAUCUUAUUGAUUUCUCAAAAAAGGAGAGUGAUUCACAAAAUGAGAAUUUAAUCGAUAAUGAUUCAAGCGUUCGAAGGAACGGGAGUGUUUUGCCAAAGAAAACUGGUCUUCAGAGGCAGUUUAGCGAAAUGGAAGGGACACAGCAAACCCUCACGACGUCUAUGGGGGAUAAAUUGCAAUCGGUUAAGAAUAAUUUAACAACAUUUGAGAAUUAUAAAAUAACAAGUGAAGGGGGAUCCAAACCGUUAUCAAAGUCUAACCCUACCAAGUUUAAAUCAAUAGUUACAGUGACAAACAUUGUGCCGUCAAAAGUUCAUGUCAUAACACCUAAAGUUAAUGCCAAUAAGUCAACACAAGUAAAAGUUAAUGAUAUUCUUCAAGAAUCUAAUUUUUCAAGCUUACUUCUUGAUCUCAAUAUCAGAAAACGUAAACAGUACGUUGCUAUUCAUAGAAAAAUGUGUACCGUCGCAACAAAGAAUAAAGGCUGUUUCAAAAGAACUAGGGCUUUUUCAGACGGUGAAUUAUUUGACAAAUAUCCUAUUAACGCCAACAAUAAUGAGAUAUUACACAGUUCACGUCAGUCAACUCUUGAUAGUGGUAUAUCGGAAGAACACAGUAAAGGCGAUUCAAAGGGUUCUCAGACAUCAAACAACCGAAAUAUAUUACAACAAAAAAGACAAAAUAAAACAAGUCUAAGGAAAGAUCUUUAUUUGGAUCCUAUUGUGCAAAUCCGAAAGCACAAUAAAUACCCUCACAGUAUUGGAAAAAGGCAUCAGAAGAUAAGUGAAUUGUCAUUUGAUAAUCUCUCUAGUUCUUCGGAUACAGAAAUAUUCACAAAACGAAGUACACAGAAAAAGAAUAUACCAUGUAUGCCGCAGUAUAAACAACAAGAGAAUGUGCAUUCUAAAAUUAAGACUGUCUCCUCUAGCGAAAUCAAAAGCUCAUUAAAUGAUUUUACCAAAACAACUGAACCAAUCAGCAUUAAAGAUCAAAAGGUCUCAUCACUUAACUCAGAGAAAAGGUUGUCUACCGCAGAUAUGCCCGACAUUGGAAUUGGUGUAGAAAAUACCGAAAGGAUCAGUUUACUACAUGAUGUACAAAGUUUUAUGCAGCUGUCUCCGUUCAGUAAACGAGGUGCAGGCACAGAGACAGAAGUCAAACAAAAUGACCUCGAAACAAAACCCUUACCUUAUCAUCCAGAAAUUGUGUUUCACACAGCAAAAGCCGUAUUCUUAAAAGAAACGCCAACUUCUCACUAUAUAUCGGCGCUUUGUCAUUAUGUUGCACCUGCAAAAACCGAACAAAUGUUUACAAAUUCUUUGUCUAUUCAGCUUGAAAAUGAAAAUAUUGAAUCACGUGAUCCUGUUUGUUCAAAGUUCGACAAUGUCAGCAUUGAAAAACAUUCAACACUUCGGAAUACUGAUUUAGAAAGUGACGCAUCUUGUACAGCCGAAGGCUUGGGUCUUGCUGAAGGACAAGUUGGGGUAAAAAAUAAUUUUCAGAUAUGGUGUCAUUCCCAAGCGAAUGCGGCGGUAUCCGUUACUAUACAUGGUCCUCGACCUUUUUCUGUGCUGGAAUCCAGUGUAAUUUACACGGGAGACAGUUUGUAUGAGGUUACAUAUGACGUAGCAUAUCCUGGUUAUUACGUCAUUUGCAUUAAGUAUGGAGAAGAAGAAAUAGCAGAGAGUCCUUUUUUGGCCCGUGUCACCUACUAACAUUCUAACUGAACUUGUGUGGGAUCAUUCGAUGUCGGACCUUACCAUUUAUGCAUACCUGUAACCUUUUGAUGCGCGGGAUCGAUUGUUAAAAUAAUGUGUCAAACUAUACCUUUUAGUAUGUGGGAUCGUUCGAUUCGGACAUUGCCCGUUGAUGUAGGGGUCGUUCGAUGCCGAGCAUUAUUUUUUGAUAUGUGGGAUCCUUCGAUGUUGAACAGAACUUUUUUUUUUAUUUGUGGGAAUGUUUGAUGUCGAAAAUUGCCUUUUGAUUUGUGGGGUCGAUUGGUGUCGGACAUUACCUUUUGUUGUGCGGAACUGUCUAUUUUCGGACAUUACGCUUUAUAUGCAAGAAUGUUCGAUAUCGAACAUUACCGUUUGAUGUUCCGUUGUUUUACUUGCAUAAAAUUUUAACACAUGUCUUUAAACGUUUUCCCUCAUAAUGCAACAGCUAGAAUUUCUUUUCAGUUAGAUGCAUGUACCUCAAUUUUUUUUAUCCAUAUUUAUUUCAUGAGAAUAUUUAUUAAGAGCUAUGAAUGUAGCAAUCAUUGCCAAAAAUAACAUUACCCGCUUAGGGUGUUUAUAUAUUUUAUUUUCAAUGUUAGCCCUCAGUGUGAAUUUUUUUUUUCAAAAAGCGUUUA